AAGACAAAGCUGGCUAAAUAACAGUGGAGGGAACGAGUUAGGGUGUGAUGCAUCUAGCAUGUCUCCAGCGGCAGGAAGCGGGUACUGCGCCCAUCCGAGACAUAAAAGGCUGCGACUGCAGAGCUAGAAGCUACUCAAUCUGAAGCAAUGUCAGAAACUUUCGUCAGAAACUUGAAUUUUCAGACACAUGACCUCGGUAGGGAGGUGACGCUUUUACUCACUUUUGAUGGCAACAUGAAAGGCCUCUAUAAGAAUGUCUGCCCUAUAGUAUGGAAGACCUGCACAUUUGGAAAGGAAGGCCCGUACAGCAUGCGCGCGACCUACACUAGCCAGCUUGCUUUUUUCAAAGCGCAGGUCGACGAAGGGACCAUCACUGACGCUGCAACCUGCGUCAAUAUCAAUGAGGGCGAAAUAACGACUUUGACUCAGGAUGAUGAGGAGGUCUUCCAUUUCUCUGACCCUGUGGCUGGAGAGAAAGGUUUGCUGCAGGCCAAGAACGAGACUGGAUACGUUCAGGACAUCGGAAUCGGCUUUAUGUGCCCGGGAGAACUGAUGCCUACGCCGGCGCUCUACUUCAAUGACGUUGGAGAUGGAAGUAACGCCGUGGCUAAGUUCAUUCCCAAGCUACGCGCCUACAUCACCUCGGACUAUGGACAAACUGCAAUCUUGCAACGCGCUAUCGACAGCCACUGUAUCUGGGAGCAAGAUCUCAGUUAUCUUGACUCCGAGAAUACGACCUGGAAGCUCACAUAUGAUGAAUAUUACGGACACAGAGUUACCAGGGGAUAGGAAUCUCAAAUUGGUGGCCAUGCAUUCUUGCUC